AACUCACAUUUAUUUCAUUCCAAAACUUUUUUUUCUUGCACAAAAUAAUUCAUGUGAAGACUAAAGUAACUUGAAAAAUAUUAAAAAGACUUUGUGCAUUUCCAUUCACUGCCAUUCAAGUGAUAAUGAUAGAUUAAUUAUUAAUUUUAAAUGUAAAAUGUAUAAUUGGAAAAGUUUGUUGUGUUUAAUAAGUGAUUUUUUGUGAGUUAUUGACUGCAAUUGUUUGAUAUAAACAACAAUGGAAAACUGUGAAUAUCUAAGAUAUUUUAGAUAGCCUACUUAAUUAUUGAAAGAACAAAAUAGAUAAUUGAAAACAGAUUAUUUUUAGUAAAAUAUAUUUCAAAAUAUAUUGUACAAUGGUGUUAGGGAGAAAUGACAAAAGGAAGAGAAAAGCUGGCGAUCUGGUUGAUCUUAUGGAUCCUCUCUCUGAGAGUCCAAAAAAAGCUAAAAUCCAUGCACAAAGAAAAUUCGCACAAGGAGCUGCAACAAUGUUUACCUCAUCUCCAACUUUUGUUAAAGAAAAAGAUAAACCUAAAUCUACUGUAGUGAGAGAAUUAAUACCACAUAAACGACCCAAUCCUACAGAUUUUUUAACAUUUUUGUGUUUUAGAGGUACAUCUAUACUGCCACCAAGUCUCAAUUUUUUCAAUCCCAGUCAUACAAAAAAAGCAAAAACAGAAACAAAAACUUCUCCAACACGAAAUUCUGAUCGAAAGAGUGGAUCAAUCAGUACAAGUACAUCAACUGAAUCGCCAAAAAAAGAAUCAAAUCAAAGUACAGUGUCUAAAAACAAAUCUACAGAGCCUGUUAAAAAGAAAGUUGCUAAUCACAAUGUGCAAAACAAGGUUAAUAAAUAUAACUCAGCUACUUCAACAGUUCAAGCAUUAAAGAAAAAAUAUCAAGAACAACGUCUGGCUAAACAGCGAAUCAAGAAUCAUAUGAAAACUCCAUGUGUUAUAAGAACUCGUUCUGCUACAGAGCGAUCAAUGUCUAGUACUAUCAGAAAAUUAGCUCCUAAGAAAUUUUUACCGCGAGUUGAAUCUAAACGACAUUGUUUACGUAGUAAUAGUAAUAACUAUAUUGAUAAUAAUAAUAGAAAUAUUUAUAAUAACAAUAGCCAUCAUCAUAGCAAUACGGAGAAAUCUAGAAAAGUUAAUUCUCCGAAAAAUAAACUGCCAACGAAAUCGAAAAGAAAAUUGACAAAAGAGCAAAGCAGCGAAUCAUCUGAAUCAGAAUCAGAGUCUGAAGAAGAUAAUAAAUCAGAUAUUAAGCCACCACAUGUAUUAAAAAAAUCAAUAAAGACUGUUAAAAAGAUUACAUCUCCAGCAAAAAUUGAACAUAGGAGAGUUACAAGAUCUCGAAGUGAUGUGUCUUCAAAUCAAUCAUUAUCUCAACGACCUACCAGGAAAACUAAAGAGGCAGCUGCUGUUUAUAUGGAAAUACUCAGUCGUAAAUUAGUCAGUCCUGAUUUAGAAGCUGACGAUAAUUUAUCAUUAGAUAGCUAUCCCGAAUUACCUAAUACUCGAAGAAACCUAGAAAAUGAGAACAAAAAUAAAAUAAAAGCUAAUGGAAGAGUUAAUAAGGAUCUAGAAAAUAAAACCUCUGACAAGCAGAAAGGUGAGAAGAAUGUGAUAAAAAAUAAAAAGACAAUGAAAGAAUCAUCUGAAAGCGAUGGAGAAUCUGUAAGUUCAGUAGAGAGUAAUAGAGUGAGACCAAUAACAAGACGAAGUAGUAAUACUCAGAUAGUAAAACCAGCUGUCCGAAGUCUUCGAUCGUCAUCUCGAAAUUCGCCACAAAAAAUAAAACCUCCCGAAGCUACAAAACCUGUUCAAAACAACAAGACUUGGGUGAAAAGGAAACGAGAAAAUAAAUCGUCGCCAACAGAGAAGGCUCUGAAAGAGAAAAAGCCGAUUAAAGAAGAGAAUAAAAAUUCAGAAGAUGAUUCAUUGAGUAAUUUGACGAAUAAAAUUAAAAAGAUACGAGAAUCAGAAGAAUCAGAAGAAUCGGAAAUACGAGAAAAGAAAUUUAAUAAAAAAGAUAAGAUUGAAUCUUUGAAAAUAUCAGAUGAUGAAGGAUCUUUUAGAGGAUUCACAACAAAAGCCACGAUGAAAGCAAGAAAGAAAAUUUUAUAUAAAUCAGGUUUUGUACCAUUAACUCAGUUAAAAUUACAGAAGAAAGAACUUUUAUCAGGUGAAGUGUUUGUAGAGUCAUCAUCUUCAAGAGCUAGUCCUUCAGAUAUAGAUAAAAAAUCUCUUUCUAUCAUAAGUAGUACUAUUACUACUCCAGUAAAUGAUAAUUCAAAUGAUUUGAAAACACAAAAUACCAUUUCAACGGAGACUUCAUCAAAUGAGCAAUUUUUCAAAUCAAACUUUAGUGGAACUCUGAUUUCUCCAAUAGUUCUAGAUGAUAACGAUCAGAGAGAUUCAAUAUCUUCAGGAAAUAUUCCUUUGGGAUCAUUGUCUUCAAGACCAAGUCUUACAGAAUCAGAAAAGAAAUGUCAUUUUAUUUCAAAUCACAACUCUAAUAGUUUGAUUGUUGAGAUUCCACCAUCAACUUCUUUAGGUCGUAAAGAGCGAGUCAGUAUGACGACAGAACAGAUUGAAAAGUGGUUACAAGAAAGUUCAAUAGCUAUGGAAGAAGGUGGAGUGGAGGUAGAACUCCCUUCAAACUAUUCUUAUGAACUUCCAGAGAAAAUAAAACCAGAUGGUAAUCAUUUAUCAAUCCCAACAAAAAUCCAGCAUCUGGUAAGGCCAGUCAAUGUGGCUAUCGCAAAAAUAGCUGACAAGGCUAUCUCUAAGGAUCGGAUGGGCAGUUCUACUAUAAUUUCUGGAACUGGAAUUGCAAUAGCUAAGCCUACGAAUCUUACCAAUCCUAUACCAACCAACAGAAAUAAAAUAAAUGCAGACAUAAAAGAAAUCAUCAAAGGAAGAAUUGCUAAAGCCAGUGUGAUUCCUAAUAAAGAAACUAGUACUGCUGAAGAUAGUGAUGUGAGUUCGAAAGCAGAUGUAACAUCAAUUGAAGGAUCCCCAGACAAGAAAACACCUGAGAAAAAAUCAAAUGUUCAACCACGUAAAACAUUUGUGUCUAAAAUUAAGGAACGUAAAGCAGCUCCAAGUAUCAAUGCAUUCUCACCAGAAAAUGAAAGCUCUGUGUAUGCAUUUGAAAGUGAUACUGAAGUUCCUGUUAGUACACCUUUUAGAAGAAAACAGCGAGAUAAAUCUAGUAUUUCAGGGUCAGAUCUGGAUUUGUCGAAGAGCGAAAAUGAUGAAAAAACUUUAAAAAUUGUAUACAAACCGGAAAAAGAUGAGAAAGAAAAGAUUUCAAAAAGUGUUGGAACCAGUUGUAACGAUGAAAUUGAAUCCAAGAAGUUUAUAAAUGCUUCAACUUCUUUUGACUCCCAUCAAUCUAACAGCUAUGAGGUGCCUGAAAAUUAUAGAAAUAAAUCUAAUGUUCAAGUUCUACCUCUAGGAAAAAUCCCAACUGUUUGGAAUAAUGUUAACUGCAGCGCAUCCAUAGCAGUUCAAGUUAAUUUUGAAGAUCAAGUUCAAGAUAAUGAUAAGAAAGAAAUAAAUGAAGAUGGGACUCUGAAAAGUACAGAAAUUUCAACUCAAACAGAAAACACAACUGAAAAUGAAGACGAAAAUGAUGAUCAUGUAUUCUAUAUUCCUUUACAAGCUGUUGCACGAAACGGACGAAAUUUAGUUCAAGGCCAACCGUUAAUACAAGGAGUAGAAGUAAAGUUUGGUAAAAAAGGACCUAAUGGGCCCAAUCAACGAGUUUUGUUGAGAGCACAGCUGGUGACUAAACCACCAUCCGCUGCUCGAUGUCCACCUGUUGGGACAGUUCAACCAACAACUAGAACUCCACCAACUAUUACUGCUGAUCCAGUUCCUUCUACUUCUACCUCAACAUCUACAUCUACAAUGUCUACAUCAUCUACAUCAAAUGUUUUACCUGUUCAGUCUGAUAUAAAGACUCAAAAUACUGAGAAAAUUAUUACAAGUAAACAAACUAGUAUUAAUACGCCUUUAGAAAAGGUUUCUAAAUCUCCAAAAGUUUCUAGAGAGAGAAAAAGCUCAAUAGAUGGUACAAAAAAUAAUAAAAAGACUCAAAAUAAAUCUAAAAAAGUGGUAGAUGUUAUUACGAGUAUUGAAUCAACAUUCCCAAGCAUGGAAGUCAAAGGAGAGGCUCGUUUAGUCGAAGCACCAACAUUUCAUCCUUCUGAAAAAGAUUUUCAAGAUCCUCUUGAAUAUAUUGAAAAAAUUCGGCCUAUUGCUGAAAAAUAUGGCAUAUGUAAAGUUGUUCCUCCAUCAAACUUUAAACCUGAAUGCAAGGUAUCUGAUGAUAUGCGAUUUACCGCUUACAAUCAGUACAUUCAUCGAAUGCUUCAUCGUUGGGGUCCAAAUGUUAAAGAAAUGAUGGCAAUCAAAAAGUAUCUAGCAACUCAAAGUAUUACAUUAAAUCAGCCUCCUUGGAUUGGUGGUAUGGAGGUUGAUUUACCUCAUCUUUAUCAAACGGUUCAAAGCCUUGGAGGUUUAAAGGAAGUGAUUGAGAAGAAAAGAUGGCAAAAGGUUGCUGAUGGAAUGAAAAUACCUAAAUCAGCUCAAGAUCGUGUUACUAAACUGGACGAUAUAUAUUGUAAAUAUUUAUUACCUUAUGAUACAUUAUCAACAGGAGAGCGAGAAAAAUUAUUUGAUGAAGUUGAGGAAGAAUGGAAAAAACGAGAAAGCAAAGCGUUACAAAGACUCAAUCAAACUCCAUCUGAAAAUGAAGAUGAUGAGGAUGAUGAUAGCGAUGAUGACAUUGAGGAAUGUAUUGUUAAAGGUCGAAAUAUGCCUCUCAAUGCUUUUUACCGAAUAGCUAGAAAUACUCAGAGAAUGUGGUUUGGAGAAAAUCAAAGUUCAGCUAACGAAGCUGAAGGAGCUUUAGCUGUUGAUGUUGAAAGUGCAUUUUGGAAACAUGUUUCUGAAAGAAAACGCCACGUUUGUGUUCAUGCAGCAAGUAUAGAUUCAAGUGGACGAGGAUUUGGAUUUUCUGUAGCUAAAAAUAGUCCAUUUGCUCGUCAUCCUUGGAAUUUAAAAGUUUUAACAAACAAUGCAGGCUCAGUUCUUCGAGCAUUGGGACCAUUAAUGGGUGUGACCGUACCUACUUUACAUGUUGGAAUGCUCUUUAGUGCUUGUUGUUGGUACAGAGACCCUCACGGGUUGCCUUGGAUUGAAUAUUUGCAUACGGGAGCUAAGAAAAUAUGGUACGGAAUACCUGAUGAGCAUAAUGACAAUUUUAGAGAAGCUUUAUCUAAAAUGGUUCCUCGAUUUUGUAAAAAUAAAAAAAUUUGGUUGCCUUCUGAUACUGCUAUGGUACCACCAGAAAUGUUAGUCAGUAAUGGUGUUCCUUUAUGUAGAACUGUUCAAGAACCCGGUCAAUUUAUUAUAGUAUUUCCUAAAGCAUUUACUUCCAGUAUUUGUACUGGAUAUGUCGUUUCGGAAAGUGUUUAUUUUGCACAAACUACAUGGCUGGAACAUGCUGAGCAAAUAUUUACGGAUCUUCAAGAUAGCUGUGAACCAUCUAUGUUUUCAUUUGAGAGAUUACUCUUUAGUAUUAUUAAUGAUUCCAGAUCUCAUAUUGAUGUUUUAAAACAAAUUUUACCAGUAGUUAUAAAAAUACGUGAAAGAGAAUUAAACUAUCGACAACACUUAGAAUCUUACGGGUUAGUUAAUAAAGAGAAACUUCCACUGCCAGGAAAUGCAAAGCGUAAAAAAGGACAGAAAGUUGUAGAAGAUGAAGAUGAUUAUGAGUGUGAUAAUUGUCGUGCUAAUUUGUUUGUAUCAUUAGUUACCAAUUCAAAAGACGAUAGUACCUGGUGUUUACGUCAUGGAUUGGUAAUGAUUGCACAAAAAAAGCAAAUCAUUAAAAACUGCAUACUAAAGUACACAUAUAGCGAGGAUGAACUGGAUGAAUUAAUUCAUAAACUGGAAGAUAGAAUCGAAGCCAAAUCUAAAAGGACUAAUCAAAGUAGACAAACUAGACAAUAAGACUGCAUUAGUUUUAUUUACUGAAGCAAUCUAGAUAGUAAAUAUUUAGCAACAAUUUGCUUCACAGAGACUUAUGAUUUAUUUGCAUAAAAUAUAAACUAAUAACUAUUUAUUAUGCUUCUUUUAGUAUGUCAAUGAAUACGAUAUGGCAAUUAUUUUAUCAUAAAAUCUUAAUGUAUCACAGUAGCAAUACAAAUCAAGUAUUGAAAAAUUACACUUUUUAUUUCUUAGUCAUUAGAGCUGAAUAAAUAUUUUAAUGACGUAUCUCGUAGAAGUGCCAAAUUUAUCACAAAUACUUUAUGUGUAUUAAAACUUUAAUAGGAAUGGAUUAGUCUUUUUUUACACAUUUUUUUUUUAUAUUGAAUUAUCAUGAAUAUAAAUACGUUUAAUUAUAUAAUAUUAUGGAUAAUUUAUAAUUUAAAUUUGUGAUUUUUUAUGUAGUAUUUUCUUUCUAUUCUUAUGGAAAUAAUUUCUUAUAUGUACUGUAACUAUAGUAUCAUAAAGAAUUUACGAUACGAUUUAUUUAUUAAUUGCCUCAAUGUGAGGAUGGCAACCAGACAGGAAGUUUAUCACUGCCUUUUUUUUUACUUCAAUUUGUAUAUUUUACAAAUUAAAUGUAAUUGCUCAUAUACUUACGUAAUUAUUAGUUUAUUUGUAAUUAUUUAUUAUAUAAAACAUUUACCUUUUUUUUAUCAAAAUA